AUGGGGUUCGGUGUCUUGAUGCAUCCUCAGAACCGUGAGACUGGGCAAAAACUGGGGAUUGCCACGGGUCUCAUGUUCACAGCGCCUAUUCUGUCCUUUUACACUGGAAUGUGGUACUUUUCAGAAAAACGAUAUCCCGAAAAUUGGGCUGGUGGUCUGGCAGUACUUGUUAUCAAUGUGAUUGUCGCAGGGUAUUGUUAUUCAGCAUUCAUGGAGGAAGAUGAUGACCGAGAUGACUCAGAUGGGCCACAACAGGGCAAAUUAAAACAAAGGAUAGACUAA